AUGCCCUCAUACGUCCUCACCGGCCGCGGCGGCGCGGGCAACGUCCGCCGCCUCGCCUCCUCCUCUUCCUCCUCCACCGCCACCCUCACCCCGCCCACAACCACCACAACCACCACAACUCCCUCCGCCGCCAGCAGCACCCCGCGGAUCGUCUCCUCCGGCGUCGGCGGCGCCGGCAACAUGGCCGGCAACGCCUACGCCUACGCCGGCAGCGGCAGCGACCAGGAGGAGGACGGCGCGAGCCUGCUGAGCGCGACGAGCUCGGCGGGGAGCAGCGUGGCGGGCAAGGCGCGCGGCUGGGCGGCGCGCGUCAGCGGGAGCUUCUCACGGUCGUGA